GCAAAGCAAUGGAAUACCACGCCGAAAAGUGUGAACGAUGUGAAGAAUUUAGCCCAAAAACUACAGAACUGCCACUACGUUAUACAAGAAGAGAAAGUUCGAUGGACUUUGAGGAUUCUAGAUGUGAUAGAUGUUUGUUCGAAAUCGAUCGACAACUAUUUGAUGUUCAAGAAUUAG